AUGAAAAGCUGCCCUUGGAAACUUGAUCAAGGAUCAACAAUUCUACAUCAGGAAAUGAAGGAGAAUAAAGAAAACUCCAGUCCUUCUGUAGCUUUGGCAAACCUGGAUCACACAAAGCCAUGCUGGUACUGGGAUAAGAAAGACUUGGCUCAUACACCGUCACAGUUAGAAGGACUUGAUCCAGCUACUGAGGCAAGGUACCGCAGAGAAGGUGCCCGGUUUAUAUUUGAUGUAGGAACCCGCUUGGGACUACAUUAUGAUACGCUGGCAACUGGAAUAAUUUAUUUUCAUCGAUUUUAUAUGUUUCAUUCCUUUAAACAGUUCCCAAGAUAUGUGACAGGAGCUUGCUGUCUUUUCCUAGCAGGGAAAGUUGAAGAAACACCCAAAAAAUGUAAAGAUAUAAUCAAAACGGCUCGUAGUUUACUAAAUGAUGUGCAGUUUGGACAAUUCGGAGAUGAUCCAAAGCAAAGAAAUAAUCCACUGCACAGGGGAAGCAGUGAAACUGGCCACACAGAGUGCAGCCAUAUGCAUACAGAAGAAGUUAUGGUUUUGGAGAGGAUCUUACUACAGACGAUAAAAUUUGACUUGCAAGUGGAGCACCCUUACCAGUUCCUCCUUAAAUAUGCCAAGCAGCUGAAAGGUGAUAAGAACAAAAUUCAAAAACUGGUGCAGAUGGCAUGGACAUUUGUCAAUGACAGCCUGUGCACUACACUGUCACUGCAGUGGGAACCAGAAAUCAUAGCGGUUGCUGUGAUGUAUCUGGCAGGCCGCUUGUGCAAGUUUGAGAUUCAGGAGUGGACCUCAAAGCCGAUGUACCGAAGGUGGUGGGAGCAGUUUGUGCAAGAUGUACCUGUUGACGUCUUGGAAGACAUCUGUCAUCAGAUCCUGGAUCUGUAUUCACAGGGGAAGCAACAAAUGCCUCACCCUACCCCCCAUCAGCUGCAGCAGACUCCCGCCCUUCAGGCGAUGUCUCAGGUGACUCCACCCCAGCAGACCCAGCAGUCUCAGAGUUCUGAGCCGUCGCAACCACCCCCCCAAAAAGAGGCUCCGCCGGCAGGGCAGCAGCAGCCGCCGCCGCCCCCAUCGCAGACACCUCAGUCCAAAAAACCAUCUCCACAGUCCAGUCCUCCCAGACAAGCGAAACGGCCAGCGGCUGUAUCUCCAAAGGAAGAAACCAAAACUGCAGAAGCGCCACCCCCUAAGAUUGCUAAAAUGGAGGCUUCACAUCCACCAGCACCUCCCGUGCAUCCUCCACCUGAGCUUAAGCCUCCCCUGACGACCGCAGUUUCUAUGGGAGGUGAUCAGGCUGCGACAGUUGAUUCCGUAGACAUGGCCAAAGUCCCGAUUGCGCCUCCGUCUCAUCAGGCUCCUGUGCAUCAGCCGCCACCUCUGCCUCAUCGUCCGCCGCCGCCACCCUCCAGUUACAUAACCGGCAUGUCCACGACCAAUUCCUACAUGUCAGGGGAGGGAUAUCAGAGUCUUCAGUCAAUGAUGAAGACGGAAGCACCCACCUACGGAGCGAUGCCACCAAACUAUGGACCUCCCACUCACUUACCGUACCACCCUCAUGUGUACCCUCCCAACCCUCCUCCGCCUGUUCCUCCGCCGCCGCCCACAGCGUUCCCCCCACCCUCUAUUCCUCCUCCUACCCCAGGCUACCCUCCACCGCCUACCUACAACCCUAACUUCCCACCCCCUCGGUUGCCUCCCUCUCAUGCCGUCCCGCCUCACCCGCCUCCAGGGUUGGGGAUGCCGCCGGCAAGCUAUCCCCCUCCCACAGUGCCCCCUGGUGGACAGCCUCCUGUACCGCCUCCGAUACCACCCCCUGGCAUGCCUCCUGUUGCAGGACUUGGGCGGGCUACCUGGAUGAGAUAGCAGAUGUACACAUCAGUCAGGAUAGUGAGGCAGCAACCAGCAGAAGUAGAG